AUGCAUCACAGCCGAACUUCAUACGGGAUUUCCCUUAGUGGUUCUGCAAUACAAGGAAAAGUUGUGAUGUUCAAAAAAUUUGUAAUGCAAAACCUCCAAGAUAG